AUGCCUUUCUUGGACACCCAGAAAAGGUUCGGCCUUAACAUAGAUCGAUGGUGUACAAUCCAGAGUGCUGAACAGCCCUACAAGAUUGCUACUCGAUGCCAUGCUUUUGAAAAAGAAUGGAUAGAAUGUACACAUGGAAUUGGUGCUAUCCGGGCAGAGAAAGAGUGCAAGAUAGAAUAUGAUGAUUUUGUAGAGUGUUUGCUUCGGCAGAAAACGAUGAAACGUGUGCGUACCAUCAGGAGGCAGCGGGAUAAGCUGAUAAAGGAAGGGAAGUACACCCCUCCACCUCACCACGUUGGCAAGGAGGAGCCUCGGCCCUGAGCGGAGCAGCUGCUGAUGUCUGGAGGCUGAUUUUCCCGUUCUCUGUUCUCCACUGGAAAGGUUGUUUACAGAAAACCUCCUUGU